AUGGAAGAAGUUGGACAGAACCCGUUGGAUGAUGUGCAACAGAUGAUGGAAAUACCAACAUUAGCAAUCAUAAAACAGAACCUUGACUGCCUAAACUCAGAACUUGAAAAGGACCUGCAGAGACUGGAUGAAGCAAAUCUGGUUCUUCUUAGAAAAAUUCGAGAGAAAGAAGAAAGUAUUCAAAGUCUGGAAAGAGAGAUCACCCUGACACUAGGACGAGCCAAAGAGAGAGAUGAGUUGAAUCAUCUCAUAUCUAAGCAAGAGGAAGCCCUGAGGGACCUGGGAUUGGAGACAGCAAAGCUGGAAAAAAGCAAUAAUAUCCUGAGCAGAAAUGUGGUGGAGCUUCAGAAGAAGAUUUCAAGGAGAUUUAAAAAUGUUGGCCUUGAAAAAGGAGCCCUAAAGCAAAUCUUGGCAGAAGUGAAGGUGAGGCUACAAAAGUCAACAGAGUCCUGUGCAAAGCAAGAGAAGCAGCUGAUCAAGACAGAGAGUGACUACCAAUCCGUGUAUCAGCUCUGCGAGGACCAGGCCCACUACAUAAAGAAAUACCAGCAAAUUCUGAGGCAUAUAGAAAAGGAAAAGGAGGUGCUGCUUCUUGAAAAAGAAAUAUCCAAAGCCCAGAAUAACUCCUCUCAAGUAGUGAAACCUGGGUCAAUUCUGGUGGAGACCAUCCAAAGCAACAUGGAGAAGACCAUUAUCAAGAAACAGAAGAGACUCUUUUGGUACAGGCACUUCCCGUGUUUUGUCUUCGUGGCCAUCAUCUUCAUUAGGCUACUGGAUUACCUGUUCUUCCACCUGCAGGACCUAAACCCAGACCUUCUCGUGGAUGCCCUGCCCAUGAUCAUGAGCAGGGGCACCUUGAAGAGGCUGAGGGAUGUCUUAUUUCCCUUCCUCACUCUAGAGGUGGAAGAAGUCCUACCGCACUAGUCGGGGGGGGAGGGUGCUGGGGACCCUGAACCACACUGGAGUGCUGUGG